AUGAACCAUAAUCAACGUAAAACCUUUCGGAAUACUAUUAAAAAGUAUAAUGUGAACGGAACACUAAAGGAAAAUUCAAAGAGAGAUGAUAUUGAAGAAGUUCUACCUCCUAAAAGCAGGAGAAAUCCAUUUAAAACUGAUAAACAUAUGACCAAUAGAUGUUGUUCUGUGACACCCGAUUACAAGGAUGUCGAACAGUCAACAGAAUAUUCUGGAGUUGACGAUCAGUUUAAUAAUUUAAUUCUGCAACAAUACGAUUUUGAUCCUAUAAUUCCUGACACCAUCAAGCAACUAAAGGAGUUAAAAAAAGUGCUUUGUGGUGUAACAAAUAAGGUUGAAAAUUGCUCGCAGUACGAUAAUCAGAAGCGACGGAGUCCCUCAUACAUAGUAACAGCUGAUGGAUCCCAAUGGCAAAGCUUAGACAAUGUUGACGAUGUUGAAGAAUAUCUUAGGGGUGAGAAAGCUAACACAGUAAUUAGCUCUGCAAAACCUAAAGCUACUGAAAAUAUUUAUAUAUCUGAAGUACCGCAUGUAAAAGUGAUUGUUGAGAAGUUUUCGAAAUUUAAAAAGAAUAAUAUUGAACUCCGAAAGCUUGAUGAAAAGAUCGUGUGCAUAGAAUAUGACGUUUUUGAGACAUGUGAAAUGAAAAAUAAAUUAAAAGCUCCAAAACAGACAUUGAGAGCUUACUUCUCUGUGAAGCCAAAAAGCGAUAAUGAUAAAGUAUCAAUAAUACCAUCUUCCGUUAAACGAAACUUUAACGUAACUAAUGAAGAUUUACGGAAACUUGAUGAAAAAGAAAUAGAGAUUAUAGAUGAUAUGAUAGUUGAAAAUAAGCCGUAUUUAGAUGAUUUAAAAAAAGUCCUAAAAAGAAAACAAGCAUUAUGCGCCCGAAAGGGAAAAACCUCCUUAGAUUUAAUGGCAUUGUAUACAAUGGCAAAAAUGGAAGCACCUGGCUUAGAGAAUUUUACGGACAAAAAUCUUCUAUCUAACGCUGAAUUAGAAGAAAUAAAAAAUUUGGUAACAAAUAAAUGUGCUACGAGCAAACAUGGAAUCAAUAGACGAACUCUAAGAAGUGGUAACGAGACGAAAGAAACAAAAACAUAUGAAUGCGUAAAUGACGUUUCGGAGAGUAUCCUCGCAGAGUUGACAAAACAUGAUAAUGAUUCUCUUGAUAAGAAAUAAAAGAUGCU